CGUGGGGGCCGAGAACAGUAUCCGGUUAUUCACUUUAACUGAAACGUCAUUUUGUGCACAGGACAUCAAUUUUCUUUUCUCCUCUCAGUUGUGGGGUGUUUUAAAGGAAGCCUGUCGCCAUGCCGAUGUUCGUGGUUAAUACAAAUGUUUCGAAAGGUGCAGUUCCUGAGGGAUUAAUGUGUGAAGUGACCCAGGAGCUCGCGAAAGCCAUGGGGAAACCAGCCAAUUACAUUGCUGUUCACAUCAUCCCGGAUCAAAUGAUGAUGUUCGGGGGCAAAGCAGACCCAUGUGCCCUCUGCUCCCUCCACAGCAUCGGGAAGAUUGGAGGCUCACAGAACAAACAGUAUUCCAAACUGCUCAUGGGCUUGCUGAAUAAACAUCUGGGCAUCUCACCGGACAGGAUCUACAUCAACUUUUUCGACAUGGACGCAUCAAACGUGGCCUGGAACAACUCCACCUUUGGUUAAAGGAACUCGAUUUUCCCAUCUAUUCCCAUUCCUUCAGGAGUCAUAAACAGGACCACACUAGAGAUAUGAUAGAUUUUGCUGUAUACGUCACUUUAAUAUAGAUUUACUUAAUUUAAGUUGUAGUUCAUAGAGGUUACAUGUCCUGUACAUGUUACUGUUGUUUUUCCUAUUAAGGUCUUAAUAUCCCUUCACAAUCCUUGCUAAAAUGUAAAAUAAGUCAUGAAUAAAAGAUUUAUGAAUGCGCUUA